AUGUCUGACGAGGAACUGGUCAUGGCUUUUCAUAUCCUACUGGAAGAGAUAGAAGUCCUACGACUGGAAGGCUUCUCGUUAGUGGCUGACGAUAUGAUGAUCACCGCUCAAAACAUCGUGGAUUUGGUGUUCUCAAGUCAUGGCGGAUGGGCUUUCCUCCAGCUUGGACAGCACCAGCAGUCCUUCCUCCAGCAGAUGCAACAGAAUUACUCUUUCAACUUGCCCCAACCAAACUUCUUCAUCAAUCAGCAGAUGCCACCACCAGCGAUGAUUGGCCAGGCUCCCACCCAGAAUGUUGUAGUGCACUCACAUGUAGCCCCAGCGCCCGCUCAAAUCCAAGGGCCCUCCGAACAAGACAAAAACGAGCUUCAUCUCGACCGACUCAACAAAGAAAACGACCGCAACGAGAAGAUGAAGAACAGAUACGAGGAUGAACUAGCAGUGAAGGAGCGAGCGAGGUUGGAAGCUCAAGCGAAGAAGACGAUUGAGGCAGCGGAGGAGAAGGCUCGUAAGCUCAAGGAGGCCGAGGAAAGAUUCGAAAGGACCAAGAUUGAAAACAAUUUGAAAGAGGACACAAUACUGCGCAUUGACGAAGCGAAGAGCAGACAAGACGAGCUGGAUUGCAAGACGCGUGAGAUGACGGAAAGGACAGAGCAGGCAAAGAUUGAUGCUGCACGAAGGUUUGAUCAAUCAUACAACCAGCAGCGCAUGCUACCGGAACGCGAAAGACCACGGCGGUCCUCCCCGAUUCCACAAAAUCAACUCGUUUCUGACGAUGACGAUGACGACUCCGACAGCGACGAAGAGAAGCGGAAAGAUCCGUACGAGCUUAUCGGUCUGCCCGACAGAGGGCACACACCAGUCAAAGACAUCGAAACUACUCAACGAGUGCUGAACAAGAUUCAUCAGAAGACUCUCGAUAGUGCGAUGUCGGAAUCCAAGAGACAACAUGCUGAGAAACGUAUGGUCGAGAUCAAGUGGGCAGCGGCCAUUCUCUUAGAUGAAAUGAAUAAGAGGGCUUAUGAUGAGGCUGGUGCUAUAUUUCCUCAUGAGCAGCAGGCUUGGAGGAGGAAGAAUGGCAUCAGUGGUGCUGGCGGUAGGAAGUAA